GGGCAGGACACAAACAUCAAUCCGUGUUAGUAACAUUAACUUAUACGACACAAGCUCAUUAGCAAAGCUGUUACUUAACACCAGGAGGUAUGGGCUCGGGAGAGAGUACGACGAGGAAAGUGUCCUUCGGUGUGGACGACGAGGACAGAGUCAGAAUUCUCCGUGGAGUCAAGCUGUCAGAAGAUGUUCUCCAGAGGAUGAAAGGAGUCGCCAACAUUGCUCCAGAACGCACGGCCUCAUCUACCUCAAGCCCUCAGAAAGACACAGGUGCCUCACGCAGCACCAGCUCAAGUCCUCGACCCCAGCAGCCCCGGGCCCAACCCAAUACGCAGUCCAGCACUAAACCAACCUCUUUCGCUAAGGAGGAACAGAGAAGGUUUGAACGGCAGCAGACAGUACUGAAGGAGGAACUGGCCAAGGUGGCACAGAGAGAGAGGGAGGCAGCGAGGGAGCAGAUGACUAAAGCCAUGAUCCAGGAAAGACAUCAAAAACGACAAGAAGCCCAGAACGCCAAAAAACUGUCUGCAGAUGAGAUAGAAGCGAUGGCUCAGCAGCUACAGAAGAAAGAUACACAGCUGAAAGCGUUGGAUGCCUUCUACAAGGAGCAGCUGGCACAGCUGGAGAAGAGGAAUUUGGAAAGAUACGAACAGAGCAAAGUGGAAUUCCAUCAAGCUGCCUCCAAGACUGAAGAAAGCGUGAGGUCUCGCAAUACAGACCCGGUGUGUUCUGGCCUACAGGCUCAGAUCUUAUCUUGCUACAGGGAGAACAGAGAGCAGACCCUAAAGUGUUCAGACCUGGCCAAAGAAUACAUGAAGUGUAUCAACGCCGCAAAGAAGAACCUGCUGGUCAACCAUGGAUGAAGAGAGGGAGGAAAAGGGUAAAACUGUUAUGACGAAGGCUUUUACUUUGGCACUAAGAGUGUCACUUGUCACUUUCCUGUUUUGAAUUAUGAGAGAGUUGAUUUGCUGUUAGCAUGCCUUGUUUUUAAAACUUUCUUAUGCUAUUUAUCUGCGGUAUCGCCCAGUAGAGUUGCUCUAUUAUUCUGCACUGCUACAUUCUACAGGGAAGCUUUUGAAAAAGAAAUGAGUGUGUGUACCAGAUUCUUGGUUUGAGUCAGUACAGGUUCAAUCAUUCACACGCAGGAAGUAUUUCUAAGAUCUGGGUUGUAAAGAUCCACUCAGGGUCAUUCCUUUACAUCUGAAUGUGAAAUUCAGUUUACGUCCAAACCUCUGCUUCCUUUGUUCGGGAUAAAAAAUCAGAAAAGUAUUUCAGUUGUGAGAUGAAUUGAGUGCAUAGGGACUGUCCGUGAUCUCUGACUGAAAAAAGAAUUGAUGAGUUUUAUUGCUUUUGAGUUUAAUGGUUUUGUAUUUUUUUUAACAACGCAGGAAAAAGCUCAGGUAAUCCUGGCCAUGACUUCGAUCCAUCAGACCUGUGAUGCAUUGUAUGAUUUUUAUUAAACUAUUCAUUUCCUGUUA